GACUUGGUACAGUUGGAGAAGCUGACUCCAGUGGUUCAGAUGUCAGUUAAGUUUUCUUGUCGGCUGAGUAAAGACGUGUCCUCAAGGAGGCUCAAGUACUACACGAAAUUGGAUCCAAAUCAGAAAUUUUCACUUAAGGAUAGCUUUGUGUGUGGAUUUUUUCUAAAUUUCACACUUUUCUGUGCCAUUCUUGUGAUUCUGUGAAAUUAGAGAGUUUUUUUUUUUAGAAAAAGUAUAGUGUAAUUUGAAGUUGUUAGUGCUAAAAGUGGUUUAUUUGUUAUUAUUCCCAAAAAAAAAAAAAAAUAAAAGUUCAACAGAUAAUGCCGUGAAGUGUAUGUGCAAUCAAUUAAAAUUUAUGAGAUAUCGAGAAUUACGAGAAAAUCCAAUUGGAUCACGCUUCUUCAACUAAGCUUAAUAUCAUCUCGUUUAGUUUAUCUUGUCCCACUAUCUUGUCCAUUUUAUCUCUAAAGCUUUUCGUCCUUACCGAAAUAACACACACUCCGAAAAAAAGAGAUACGGAGAAAGUCGUUUUCUUCUGAGAAAAGUGCGAGAUUUUCAUACCCAUGAAAACUUUUGAUAUUCCUGUCCUAUUAUAGCAUUUUGAAGAUCUCUUUUUAUUUCUGGUGGAUAUUAAAAUUUGGUAAGGAAAAAGUCUCUCGUGUUCUCAUUUUGCCCAUACUUUUAUGAUCCGGCACGUUUGUUGAAUACUAAAAGACUCGUUUUCGGUGCCAGAAGGAGGCAACCAGGGAGCAUUGAAGGCAAAAAUACAGUAAAAGAUAUAAAAUCUUAUUGAUUUGAAUAUUAUAGAGGAAAGUGAGAGGUGGAUACAAAAAAAAAUUAUAUAUAUAAAAGGAAACAGCAGUGAGGAGCUGAAAGAGUGUCAAAGACAAACAGUGAAAAAAAAGAGAGUGAAAAUUUUUAUAUAAAAGUGAAGAAAUAAAAAAAAAAGUUUUCCCUUGAGGGGUUGGUAGAAACAAGAGGCAAAGAACAAGCAGAAAUAAUUGUGUGAUUAUUAAUGAAAAUAAUUUUUCAUGACAAUUUGUUCAUCUAACGUCUAUACUGAAAGCUGUACUGAGCGACGGUGGUGGAAUAAGAGAAUUUUCCACAGAGCUUUUCUAUUGUUAGGAAUUUUCCCUCGCAGCACGCGCUCAUAAUUCCUCCGGAGUGGUUCUUUUUUUUCUAUGUUCACUUACUCUCUUCCACCAAAUCAAACACAAUAAAUUUUAUAGUUGAACUGAGUUUUUGCAAUUUUGCAAUAUUUGUGUAAAUUUUGUGGUUAAACAUGGAAAAGUUUUACUAUAUGCUCACUUGGACUGUGCUAUUUGUUUGCAUUAUUUAUGUAAAUUCGGCAAUACCGCAGCAGCACCUUGAGGGCAAAAUCAAAGAAAAUAAUUGUACAGAUGAUAAAUUCCGAUGCAAGAAUGGUCGGUGUAUUCCCAAGCAUUGGAAAUGUGACCAAGAGAGAGACUGCAGCGAUGGAUCUGACGAAGAUGUAGAUGUUUGCCAUCCCGAAGGAUGUAAGAGCUACGAAUUUAUGUGUGUAAACGGGCACAUGUGUAUUCCUAAGAAGUGGCUAUGCGACGGAGAUAGAGAUUGUGCAGAUGGUUCUGAUGAGUUGUGUGGCGAUGUGACCUGCCGCUCGGAUGAGUUCACAUGUGGCAAUGGGCGAUGCAUCCAGGAGAGGUGGGUGUGCGAUCGGGACGAUGACUGUGGCAACAAUGCUGAUGAGAGAAAUUGUACCAAUGUGACGUGCGAUCCUGACAAAGAGUUUACCUGUUCCGACAAUUUCUGCAUCACGGCCAAAUGGAGGUGUGAUGGGGAGAGUGACUGUCCCGAUGGAUCUGAUGAGAGGAAUUGUGAGAAUCUGGUUCGCGUGGUGUCUCCAUGCACAUCGGCGGAGUUUCAGUGCAAGGAUCGCAUAACAUGCAUCCACAGAAGUUGGGUGUGCGAUGGCGAGAAGGAUUGUCCUGGUGGGGACGAUGAAAUGGCGCCAACAUGCCUCAAUGUCACAUGCCGAGCAGAUCAGUUCCAAUGCAAGGACCGCACAUGCAUUGCCGGAGCUCUGGAAUGCUCAGGAAAGGCCGAAUGUGCCGACGGAAGCGAUGAAGUCAACUGCACAUCAACGGUUCCUAUCGUGAAAAAGUGCGACCCGAAGAAGGAAUUUGACUGUGGCGGUGGCAUAUGUAUUCCUCUUUCCAAAGUCUGUGACAAAAAGCCCGAUUGUCCCGAAUUUCAGGAUGAGCCAACUGAUAAAUGUGGGAAGAAUGAGUGUCUAAUCAAUAAUGGUGGUUGCUCACAAUUCUGUGUCGAUACACCAGCUGGGUACUAUUGUGAGUGUCGAAAAGGAUAUCGAUUAGUGGACAACACAACUUGUGAGGAUAUAAAUGAGUGUGAAAAUUUGGGUGCGUGUUCGCAGAAUUGUUACAAUGAACGUGGUGGGUUUAAGUGUGAGUGUAUUGAGGGUUAUAUGAGGGAUCCUCGGGAUCAUACGCGGUGUAAGGCAACGGAAGGACAUGCUUCGCUCCUUUUUGCACGCAGAAAGGAUAUCCGGAAGAUUUCCCUGGAUCAUCGAGAGAUGACGUCCAUUGUCAAUGAUACAAAGUCUGCUACGGCCCUCGAUUAUGUCUUCCGGACCGGCAUGAUAUUCUGGAGUGAUGUAGCUGAGCAGAAAAUUUACAAGGCACCAAUUGAUGAGGGAAGCGACAAGACUGUUGUGGUGCGUGAUCAAAUUGUAACAUCGGAUGGAUUGGCCGUGGACUGGAUUUACAAUCAUAUUUACUUCACCGACACCCACAAGUGCACAAUUGAGUUGACCAAUUUCGAAGGGAACAUGGGAAAAGUGUUGAUUAAGGAUGACGUGGAAAUUCCGCGCUCCAUCGCUCUGGAUCCACUCAAUGGGUGGAUGUACUGGACGGACUGGGGCUCAUCGCCCAGAAUUGAACGAGCUGGCAUGGAUGGCACGCACCGAAUGCCUAUUGUGACGUACGAGGUGAAGUGGCCAAAUGGGAUCACGCUGGAUUUGGUGAGGAAGCGAGUAUAUUGGGUGGAUGCCAAGCUCAAUGAGAUCUCAUCGUGCAACUACGAUGGUAGUGGGAGGAAUGUAGUCCUCUACUCUCCCGAUUCCCUUCGUCAUCCGUUUUCCAUAACGACCUUCGAGGACUUUGUGUACUGGACGGAUUGGGACAAAGAAGCUGUCUUCAAAGCCAAUAAAUUUACCGGGAAAGACGUUGAAGCCAUUACGGCACUCCAUAUGUUGCAGCAUCCCAUGACCAUCCAUGUCUACCAUCCGUACAGGCAGCCCGACGGUGUCAAUUACUGCCAAGCAGUUAAUGGUCACUGUUCGCAUCUCUGCUUGCCGGCGCCCAAGAUUAAUGAGCGCAGUCCCCGCAUCUCCUGCGCCUGUCCUACCGGGCUCAAACUUAUGGAAGAUGGUCUCAUGUGCGUCGAAGACGUGAUCCCAACGACGUCAAUUAAACCACCACCAUCAUCGACAACAGAGGAUUCAUUGUCAGUAACUCCCACAUCAAAUAACACCGUGGAUGAUAAAUCACAGAGUGGUAGUCAAAAUAUCGAACACCAUUCGAGUAAUAUUUAUGACAAUCGAGAAGAUAUCAUUGUCCCUCCUCAGGGGACAACUUCGGCAACUGGAGCGAAUGAGUCGUUUAAACAGCGAUUAGCUAAGAAUGUUCACAUUCUUGCCAUUUGUUCCCAUUUAACUGCUUAUAUCGCAUUAACCACAACACAAGAGGCAUCAUCAUCAUCAUCAUCCACCAUGGAAGCUGUGGAGACAUCCUACACAUCAUCCACACUUCCUCAGUUCACGCACAAUCGAACGUGGUGGAGGGCAGCCCAUUCCUUUCCUUUUCGCUUACUCCUGGGCACUGACCAGGGGGAGCAUGGGGUUGCCAAUAGGGGGCUAUAUGUGUCGCAUAAAUACAUUCGCUGGCUGUGCAAUAAACUUGUCGGUGGGCAGACAGAACGAGCUAACAUGCGUCCCAGUGGCAAUAGUUCACAACCAAAUGGACCGUCUGUGCAACGUGAGGAGGCAAAUUCAGGAUUUAUUGAGAUUAUAAUCAUUGUUGUGUCCCUUCUUCUCUGCUUCAUCAUCAUGAUAAGUCUGUUCUGCUGCUAUCGUCACUAUCAGGCUAGAAAUUUGACAUCAAUGAAUUUCGACAAUCCUGUGUAUCGCAAGACCACCGAGGACACGUUCCAGAUUGAGAAGCAGGGGAUGCAUGGCCACCGAAUUGGCGAAGAGGCUCAAGAACCAUUGAAUAAGCCAGGAACAAAUGACUUUGUGUAGAGACGGGAAAAUUUAAGGGAAAAGGUGUCAAAGGGAAGAUGCUCAAUGGAUCGAAUAUCUUCGAAUAGGGAAAAAUUGUAUAGAAGGAAUAAAAAAAGGAGGAGGAGGAGGAGAUGGGAGCCAAAAAAAGGGGAGACUCCCACCGAGCCAAAUGAGGAUGCUAUGAAAUUGCAAAGACUUUAACACCACAAUCAAACUGAUGAUGUGCCAAAAAAAAAGAAGAAAGUUCGUUUUAACCACAACCAUUUUCCAGGUAUGAUUAAAAAAAUGAAAAAAAAAACACCUUUCUCACAUCCUUCACAUACUUUUUUUGUUUUUUGGGUAAGUUUCCUAAUAUAGAAAUUCCUUUGAGAAAAAAACAAAAAAGAAAAACAAAGAUUUUAAAAGACACAGAAAAAUAUU